AUGCCUGUAAUGUUUAGCGCAUUUGUCACUGAAAGCACGGAUGAAUGUUCAACAAAUGGUACCUUUCACACUGAUAAAAAAUUGAUUGCUAAAUGCAUGGAAAAUUCUCUUAUUUCACAGUUUAGUUUACAUGGUAACCAGCGAUAUCUUGCCGAAUGGACUACUUCAGCAUUUAUGCUUGGUAAUAUGAUAGGUGCUAGUACGUUGACGCGUCUGUCAGACAGGUAUGGACGAAGGCCAGUUCUAGUGUUCAGUUUAUUGGCACUUGGUAUUACCGGUUUGUUGUGUGCUUUAGCCAACAGCAUUACCAUGUUUGCUGUCUGUCGUUUGUUGCAGGGCAUUUGCUCUCCAGGGUCAUUACUAGUAGCAUGGGUACUUAGCUAUGAAAGUGUACCAAUUGGUUUACGUGGUUUUGUCACAUUGAUAUACGGUCUUAUGUGGGUCAUUGGCUAUUGUACAGUGGCACCAUUGGCAUAUUUUGUGGUGAACUGGAGAUGGUUAAUUGUUUCAUGUUCAGCUCCUUCUAUGCUUCUCGCUGUCCUUUAUUUUUAUAUUGUUCCGGAAAGUCUUCAUUUUCUUAUUGCCAAUAAUAGAAAGGAGAAAGCCGUAAAUUGGAUUCGUAAUGCGGAAAAAUAUGGAAAUGUUGUAAAUAAAACAAAUUUAAACACGAUGGUAGAACUGCUUGAAAGUGGAUGUUGUGACGCAAAAGGAUGCGAAAACGAUAUUAGUAAAACUAACAAAAAUUCCAGGUUCUUAAGUGUGAAAGAAUUGUUGAAUCAUAAAAUUUUUAUCAUCUAUACAUUAAUUCUCAUUUUUUUGUGGUCUAGUGAUACAUUCGUUUAUUAUGGCUUAUCGCUUUACACUACUCACUUGGCUGGAAACAAAUACUGGAAUUUCGUAUUAUCAGGUCUUGUUGAACUCCCAGCUUAUAUCUUUACACCACCUGCCUUGAAAAGUAUUGGACGUAAGCGAUUCGUUGCUUUUAUGCAUUUUUUAGUUGGAUUUUCCCAUAUGGUGCUAAUAUUUAUACCACCAGGUAGGUUACUAGCUGAAAAUAAUCAGAAUAAUAAAUGGCUGUCGAUAUCCUGUUGGUUAAUUGGAAAAUUUGGAAUUUCAUCUUCAUUUAUAAGUCUUUAUGUUUAUGGUAGCGAAAUAUUCCCAACAACAAUUCGCAAUGUUUGCUUAGGUAUAUGUGUAGUGAUUGCACGACUUGGUGGUAUAAUAGCUCCGUAUGUCACUAUCCUGGGUUCAGUAAAUGCAUUGCUGCCUAUUAUCUUGUUUGGAUCAGUAGCAAUGAUUGCUGCCAUCUUCACAUUUAUUUUGCCAGAAACAAAAAACCGUGAAUUACCAUCUUCGUUGAAUGAGGCAGUGAAAGUGAACCAUUCCUAUUUGGAACAUUCGAAAUUUCGCUCACAACCUGAACCUAACAAUUCUAUCAGUCUGAAACAGACAUAA